AUGAAUAGCAGUCGUCCUGUAGAGCACUCAUCAGCAACAGUUUUUGGUGGGUUUGCUCUCAUUUUUGGAAUAUCCAUAGGUGUUGUUUCAGCAAUAGCAAUAGUCAUUCUUGUUUACUAUUUCUGCACACGGAAACCAAUACCAAAUGACCCUUCUAUGGAUGAUGGCUCCUCAUCUGAUGGCGAUCCUGUUACUAUUAAAAUAGGCCUGGAUGCGGCCACUCUUGAUACCUAUCCAAAGCUGCUUUAUUCUGAAGCAAAGGAAAAGCUUGAAAAGGGUGAUGAUUCGGUCGCUGCUUCCAAUUGCUCAAUUUGCUUGGCAGACUAUACAGAUAGUGACUUGCUGCGGCUGUUGCCUGAGUGUAAUCACCUUUUCCAUUCACAGUGCAUUGAUCCAUGGUUCAAGCUGCAUACUACUUGCCCCGUAUGUCGAAACUCGCCUUCCAGGCCACCUCAGCGAGAAUUCUUUGGUACAUGGUUUCUACGGUUUGUGCAUUAA